AUGGCCUCCAACGACAUCUACCACGGUCAAGCCGCCCACGAGCCCGGCCUCGACGUCAAGCCGCACUCGUAUGCGGCCAAGCCGUUCGACGAAGAGUACGACAUUGAGGUCAAGUGGGCUGUCGCGCUCGGUGCCGAAGUCACGGCGCUCUCGUCGUCGGCGGCCAAGGAAGACGAGUGCAAGAACGUGCUCGGCGCGCACCACUACCUCAACUACAGCGACCCGGAGGCUGUCAAGGCGGCGGCGCAGUCGUUUGACAUUCUGCUCUGCACGUCGUACGGCGACAAGACCAACUGGGAUUUUCUCUUUAGCCUCGUCGCAACGGAAGGCAAGUUUAUCCUCGUGGGCCUCCCGGAGAAGCCGAUUUCGUUCAUGGCGUUCUCGGUCGUGCCGCGUCAGAUCACGUUUGUCGGGUCGCUCAUCGGGUCGCCCGAGACGAUCGAAGAGAUGCUGGAGUUUGCUGUCGAGAAGAACGUGCGCUCGAUCGUGCAGGUGAUGCCCAUGGCCGAAGCGUCCGCUGCGUUGAAGAAGGUUCGUGCCGGCGAUGUCCGCUUCCGCAUUGUGCUUCAAAACUAA